AUGGCCGGAGACCAUCUCCAAGUGCUGGACGCACUUGACACAGCUAAAACACAGCUUUACCAUUUCACGACUAUAUUGAUCGCCGGAAUGGGAUUAUUCACCGACGCAUACGAUCUCUUUAGCAUCUCCCUCAUCACCAAGCUGUUGGGCCGCAUUUACUACACCACCAAUCUCAACGCCCCCAAGCCGGGCACCUUGCCCCCCAAAGUCUCCUCCGCCCUCACCGGCGUCGCCCUCGUCGGCACCCUCACCGGAAAGCUCUUCUUCGGCUGGCUCGGCGACAAGAUCGUCUGCUCCAUCGCCCCCUGCCUCUCCUUCAGCAAGUCCCCCAAAGGCGUCAUGGCCACCCUCUGCUUCUUCCGCUUCUGGCUCGGCUUCGGCAUCGGCGGCGACUACCCCCUCUCCGCCACCAUCAUGUCCGAAUACGCCAACAAAAAAACCCGCAGCCGCGUGCGCGGCUGCCUCUUAGGUGGGGGCUUUGGCAUCCUCACGAGCUGCAUCGUCGCUCUAAUCGUAUCCGUAACCUUCGACCAUGCCUACAACAAGCCGACCUACGCGGAAAAUGCAGCAGCGUCCACAGUGGCCAAGACGGACUACAUCUGGCGAAUCAUAGUCAUGUUCGGGGCGCUCCCAGCGGCCCUGACUUUCUAUUGGCGGAUGAAGAUGCCCGAGUGA